GGUUGACCAGGAACUGGAACAAGAUGGCAUCUGUGCUCCACAAUGUCAAAGCAACAAUGGCCUGGCAGAAACACCAGCUCCUAGCUGACUUUGAUGAAAAUGAGAGCCCUGUGCCUGACAAAUUCAAGAGAAAGGCUGCUCUGAGUUCUCUCAAUACCAUCUGCAUGUCUCUAAGGAAACGAGCACCAUUAAAGCGAGUAGAGCUGAAUUUUCAUAACACCCCAACUAGGGAAAGUCUGGAAGCAGGACAGAGGUGCCAAACUCUUCAGAUUAUUAAAAGAACAGCAAAAAAUGCUUUUGGAACAGUGUCCCAGAAAAUACAGAAGUCUUGCCAAAGCCCAGUACACUCAAUGGUGACCUUUCCAGCUGAAUCCAUCAGCAGAAGCUGUGCGACAAGUUCUACCAAGAAAAAAAGUACUACACCUCAAACCCCUUGCUAUAAGACUGUUACUCCAGCAGUCAGUUCCAAAGGCAUCCCAAGGUCCAGCAAAAGGGCCUUGCUUGGGCCAACAAGGAUGUCAGAACAUGGAGAACGGAGGGAUUUCUCAUCCUGGCUUGGUAAAAAUGCUGUCUCUCUCCGGAGAUCAAGAAGAGCAGCAGCACUGAAGAGCCCUUAUUCAUCACCUGCUCCUGCCAGAAAGAUGGAAUGUGACUGCGAGUUGGAACUGGUCUCCUCAGGGAUUUGCCAACUGAAGCGUAUCUCCCAGGCAUUUGAUGAUGCUAUUGUGAAAGAGGAGAGGCAACAAGCAACAUCAAACUAUUACUAUCUAAUGGCAGAAAACUUACAUUCUGCGUGUCGAUCCCUGAAACCUUCUCAAGCUAUCAGAAGGCAAGCAAAGAAACUCCAUCAAGCACUUGGUACCUAGACAGAGACUGUAACUAUUAUUAGUUUAUAAGCAUAUAUAAAUGAGAGGUCUGUGUAGCACCAAAAGGGUGCACUCUAUACACUAAACAAAUCACUACAUUUUAUAAUCUUCCUUGACAAAGCAGCUCGGGACUUCCCUUGCUUUCUCUUUUCAACUGUAGUUGGUACCUGUGGUACC